GCAGCACUAAGGCAUCAUCGCUACGCUGUGUGCGGCCGUGUGGAGGACGAUAUCUGCAGGACCGAGCCGCGGCACUUGUUGGGGGAACCUCUAGUAUGAGAACUUCCAUUACAGCUCCUUUGAUUUCUUUCAUUCUCAUAUUUUACCAUUUUUUUCAUUUUGACCAUCCGACCUCAUAGUUUUGCCCUUCUCAUUUUUCUGCUGCUGUCACCCACAGUUUGUAGCUCACCACCACCACCACCAGCAGCAGCAGCAUCUGAAGGGGAAUAUCUCUCCAUUCCAGCCCCAGCCUCUCUGUCCUUUUCUCUGCUGCUGAUUUGGAUUUUGGCGUGCACUGCUGGACUAUUACGCAGGGGGAUUUAUAUUUUUAUUGAUUUCCAUCUGCCGCCUGCCCCACUACUUUUUUUUCUCUGUGAGGGAUGUAUUACAGCGCGGAGAAGUGUGCGCUCUGAACAGGGGAGAAUAUACACCCGCUGCCGCUGAAUGAACUACUGCCGUGCGCCUUUGCUUUUUGGAGCUCCUCUGGAGAUGCUCUGAUCUGGAUUUGCGCAUCUCUGAAUCGGGAUAUAAACUGAAGAAAUUGCCACGGUCAGCCUUUUUUUCUGGAGCGCUUGAUUUGUUUUUUGUGGACAUAUUCGACAAGGAUUGUGCGCGCAGGCUAACCAUGGGGGACUCGAUGUGGAGAUAUUAUUUCGGAGUUUUGUUUAUUGCCUUCAAAGUGGACUUGUGCCGGGCGAUCAUCCUGGAGUCCAUCUACUGGAACACAACAAAUACCAAAUUUGUGCCGAGCCAAGGCGUGGUGCUGUACCCCCAGAUCGGGGAUAAGUUGGACAUUGUGUGCCCCCGUUCGGAAGCCGGGAUGAAUGAUGCCGUGGAGUAUUUCAAGGUAUACAUGGUGCCCCGGGACCAGCAGGAUAGCUGCACCAUCACCAAGGCCGACACGCCACUCCUCAACUGUGUCAAGCCCGACCAGGACGUCAAGUUCACCCUCAAGUUCCAGGAGUUCAGCCCCAACCUGUGGGGCCUGGAGUUCUUCAGAGGGAAGGACUACUACAUCAUCUCUACAUCUAACGGCACAAUGGAGGGCAUCGACAACCAGGAGGGGGGAGUGUGCAAGACCAAGUCCAUGAAGAUAAUCAUGAAAGUGGGACAAAAUCCCUCUGACCCUAUUUCACCCAAAGACAGCCCCACCAGAGUACCCUACUCUCCCAAGAACCCAGAUGGCAAGGAGGCCUACAACCCCAACGAAGUGCUGGAAAAACCAGGUGUAGCACCCAGAGAAGGCGCCGGCGACGACAGCGGCGGAAAGUCCUCGAGCGGCAUCGCCUCUGACGCUGCCAUCUUCGUGGCCAUUGCUUCGGGCAGCGUCAUCCUCAUCAUCAUCAUCAUCAUGCUGGUCCUUCUGCUGCUCAAGUACCGGCGGCGGCACCGCAAGCACUCGCCGCAGCACGCCACCACGCUGUCUCUGAGCACCCUGGCCACGCCCAAACGGGGCGGAGGGGGCGGGAACAAUAACGGCUCGGAGCCCAGUGACAUCAUCAUCCCUCUCAGGACUGCUGACAGCGUCUUCUGCCCGCACUACGAGAAGGUCAGCGGCGACUACGGGCACCCGGUCUACAUCGUGCAGGAGAUGCCGCCUCAGAGUCCGGCCAACAUCUACUACAAGGUCUGAGGCGGGACUUUUAAAGCAAGAGAAGAACUUGAACAAUCCCGGGCAGAAAAGCGGGUUUUUAGUUGGCACCGCCGGCAUGCCUACAAUCACUCUUUCUCUCUCUGUCGACUCCUCCUCCUCGUCCUCCUCCUCGUCCUCCUCGUCCUCCUCGUCCUCCUCCUCAUCUCUGAUGUUUUUUCACUACUUUUUCUUUAUUGCUGAUACCUUAUGGCUCUGGUUUGGUCCCAGUCGGUGCUGACGGGGCGGGUGGAGGGAGCCGGAGAGAAGGCUCCUACCGCCACGGUCUCCGCUCUCUGGGGGCUCUUGGGAAAUAGAGGACAAAUCUCUUUUUUUCCAUCGAUGCUGCUCCCGGUUUUGUUUUGUGUACUGCAGCCAGCAUUUUAGAGGAACUGAGUGUUGAGGGGUCGGAAAGUGAAACGGAUGCACAGCUUUUUCUCGGACAGAAGGACGAAUGUAUGGAUUGGAAGGUUAACUGGCAGGAAUUUUUGACCUCACAUUUAAGAGAGACUACUGCUUGGAAAAAGAGACAAAAAACAAGCGAGGAGGAGAUGCCAGAGAAUUCGGGCUGACCAUGAACUCACAAAAAUGGCCGCCCUCCCUUAAUGCCCACUAGCCGGAGAGACUCUUUGCGUUCAGCAGUCGGACGAGGAUUCUCACCCCGAUUCCUCUCCGGGACUUUCCUGACUGACUCAUGGAGAUCACCCAAUCACCCUGCCACACACAUGCUCACCAUCACAUAAACACACAUUCACCCACACACACAGACACACUGUCUCACCAGUGAACUGUUUGGGUUUAAGUGUGGAUUACACAAUUUUCUCCUCAUUCCCACGUAUGUUUUUCAGAAAGUCACUUCUUCUAGAUGAAGGUUUUAAGCAAGAGGAAUAGAUUCCCUUUUGUAUUGUACUGUCAACAUUUACUGAUCUUGUUUAUGUUCGUAUCUGGUUUCCAUAUGUGGAUAGAGAGAUGUUUUUCUUUUCCUUUGUCAAAUCGUGUGUAAUGUUCAAACACAAGUGACCCAACAGUUGGCCAGGAGUGGCCAGAGCAGGAAAAGUGAGGAUUACACAGGCGCCCUCUUGCUAAUGGGCGCCUGUCAGGUCUGCCCAGGUGGCUUCUGGGAAGAGUGGAGGCCUCUCGUAUACAUAGAGCAGCACUUUUAACCCCUUUCUGGUACCUCCACUCUUCACAGCAUUCACAGUGAUGGCUAGAGAUGGGAGAGCAGCUGUAUCCCGUCAGAUUUACUAGUGAGGGCUCGCCUCAUCUUCUCCAGAACCUGGGCUUUUCACACGGGAAAGUGUUAGGGGCAAUAAGAAAUCCAAAACCCGCCUUACUGACGUUUUUCACAUGAGGUGAAGAAGAGGCCUGAGAUGUAGUUGAGGUUAGCGAAGCUGGCUGAAACAGCUCGAGGUACUGUACUGUUUACCCCCGGGGUCCAAUGAUGAGCAAGGGUGACAGGUGCUCUCCUAUUCUUGUUAAAAAAUUAAAAAAGCACAGGGACAUCUUCUUACAUCGUCACUGUUUCUCAAUCUCCAUUAGCAUUUCCAUAUUGUGAUCUUUUUGAUUUUCUUAUUUUUCUUUUACAAUAUAGAUGUACAUUAAAAAAAAGAACAUUACGAAAGAUGAAAUAAAACCAUAAAAAAGUCAAAUAAAAAGCAGAAUUUAUUUACGAUAGACACAUAGAGCACAGGUGUUGUCAGGCGGUAGGGACAGGAGGAAGAAGUCAUGUUAAUAUAUUAUGGUAUAAGUGCACAUUAUGCAAUCUAGGUUUUUGAUUAUUUUAUAUCUCUCGACCCGCUGAGUCCCGUAUUUCAUGAGCUCUCGGUCCUGGGAAACAGGACAAGGGUAGGGGGGGGCAGGGCUAACUCACCCAAAAUAGCUCACAUUGGUGUACACAAGGGCAGAGUAGCUGUGUCUGCCACACUCACUCAGUGUAGCAUCUCCCAAAGGAUAAUUCUCAUGAACACCCAAUCCCCUCAAACACACCUCCAUGUGCAUGUGUGUAUGUGUGUGUGCGCGUGUUGAGCAAGUCCAUAUUUCAGUGCAUCACAUUCAUUACUAUCUUUGGCUUUGGAUCAUAAUCGUGACUUAAGCAGUUUCACAGAGCAUGCAUCAGCCCAUCAUCCACAUCGCCAUUUGUUCAUGAAGAACAUCAAAUUUCACCGAAAAGCCAAGCCUUGUAUGAUCUGAGGUUUGUGCCUCUAAGAGGCCACAAAAUCUGCAAAUAUGCAAUUCUUAUUUAUUUUUUUAAUCGAUUCUGAGAAGAAGAAAAAAACCCACCUAUGGAAAGUGUUCUUAACAACAAACAAAUGACACAAAACUAGCAAAGUACGUCACACAAGCCUGCUGUUAGUUUUUAUUUCCUGCAUUUUUUUGUCCUAUUAUUUGAACCUUUUCUGUUUUAACGAUGUGCCGUAGUACAAAGGUAAACUGUGAAACCAUUAAAAAAGCAUAUAUAUCACACCCGAACAGGUAUUUAAGAAAAAGAUGAAAAAGACACACACAAAGAAAUGGCUGUUUAGUUGCUAUCUGUCUGCGGCAGAAUAUGACAAUCUUAUUAGUUUAUUUGAAUCUGAUGUCCUUUUCUUAGCUGCCCCUCGACUAGCGCUCUCCCAGCGUUGAGCAGGUUUGGUUCUGACGGUUCUGAAACGUGGAGCGAUGCUGUGAGAGUCUUAGCACAAAGGCUAGGAGAAGCACCUCAGGCUUCUGUAAAAUGCCUUGCUCGUAUGGUCAGCCCUUGGUCACUUGACUCAGUAAUUUUGCACCGUACUUCUGUAGGUAAGAAACUGUAAAUACAUUAAUGUUUGUAUUGUAUAUGGAUCCUGGGUUGUUACAAUAGCCUUAUUCACCUUUUUAGGAAAGUAAAUGAAAAAAAAACGAUAGAAAAAAUUGAAUUCACUUCAG